CCGCGUUGUUCCUUCCAUACCCAGUUCGAUACGCUGGGCCAUGGAUGUUGUUACAAAGGUGGAAAACUGGAUCGCUAAUUGGAGCAAAGAGGGAGAGUCAGAACUUCGAAAUUUCCUCAUUUCACCUCACUCAAAUCCUUCCGACUCUAUUUGCGCAGAGGCUCUCACGACUGCUUACCAUGCCCUUCUUUUGUCUGUCCUCACAACCUGCCAGCCCCAGCAGAGUCCCUUAAAUGCGCAGGCUCUCGUAGCCUUUAUCCAGUCUGUCCUCCUUGCACUUCCGUCCUCCUCCUCUGCGCGUGCGGGUCCACCCGUGCAGAGUAUUGUAUUCGGAGAGAUUCUUGUGGAUGUUUUGUGGUCUACAGACGCUCAACUGGACGAGUUCCUGUCAGACGCGAAGUCUACUUUAGUGAACUCUGAGCAAGCUUCUGGAGGCCAACAAAUAAAGGACACCCCGAAUAAAGACACUACAGAUGUUGCAGAAAAUGCAGCUCAACUGAGGCAUUUCGUUGAGCAAGACAAGGAAACGUUAAGCGAGCUCGUCAAAAGACUUCUGUUCACUGGCAUUGUUGAUCUCGCCGUAUGUCGAGAGCGCCUUGACUUAACUCUUCUUGCCAGUGCUGGUCUAGUUUCGGAUAGAAUGUCAUUUGACAAGAAGGAAAUACGCACUCGCACUGGACUUUUCUAUAAGCAGAACAAGUUCAACCUUCUACGUGAACAGUCUGAAGGCUACAGCAAGCUUUCGGUGGAGCUCACGAGUUCCUUGGGUCCUGCACACUCACAUGCUGAUGCUAGGCCGGUAGAAAGCUAUGCCUCUAUCGAAGACCGUGCGCGGCAAGUUUGGGAAAAGGUUAUAAGCCUUAUUGGUUAUUUCGACCUCGACCCAAAUCGCGCCUUGGAUAUUACCUUGGAUGUAUUAUCGGUCAACGUGGCAACUCAUUACACGUUUUUCUUGGCAUUACUCUCAUUUUCUCCAUGGACUGGACUGUAUAGGCGUCCUACAACGUCCACUGCUAGCCAUAUGGCUGUCGAUCCCGUUACCGGGGACAAGAGCCUGGAUGAAGUGUUGCAAGUCACCGAAGCAAAUGCUGGCGAUCAGUCGACACCACCUCUAGAAAAUGAUAGCGGCACGGAGUCUCGAGUGCUAGCACAGGUGCUUGGUUUCAAAUUCUCUCAUUACCAGUCAUCAGAGACCCAUGAUUCACCCCUGAGGAACCUCUAUCUAACUGCUGCCAUCUUAAUCAGGGAGGGUUUUAUUACCGUAGAAGAUCUUUACCCCCAUCUUACUCCAAGGGAUGUGGACAUUGAAACAUAUCACAAGGAUUAUCUUGCCCAGGUUCAACAGCGCAUUUCUGAAGCCAAGAUUAGCCAGCUCGCCAUGGCAGCUCCUUUGGAGUCAUCUAGCUCAAGUUCGCAGCCUCGUGUAGAACCGACGGAAGUUAAGAAGAGCGCCAUCGAGUCCAAACCUCCUAACCAAAUCGCUGGGCUGGUCAACGGCCUUCUCUCUGUAGGAGCUUUACGCCCGGCGAUCGCUAUUCUGACGAGGAUUCCUUGGCUUGUUGACGCUCACCCCGAGUUGGCCGAUCUAAUUUUGAGGGCUUUGAAGUAUUCUAUCGCUCCUCUGUAUGAUGCAACAUUCGUCCUCAAAGAACGCAAUCCGAGUUUUACACAACCUCGCACACGGUUCAGCGCUACUGGAACAUUGGCUGUUCCAGUUCGUAAAUAUCAGCUAUCAUUAAUAGCUCCCACUCCUCCCAGCACAGCAUCAGUCGAUUUCGUAUUUUUCUUUCCUGACUGGACCCAACGCAUCCCACUUUGCACUUCCUUCGACGACAUGGUAAAUGUGAUUGAGCCUUUGAUGAGUUUCAUUGGGCUGCACGUAUCGCGCGACGCCUUGUUUGUCACGAAGAUUACGAGGUUGGGGCGCUCACAGCUGUUAUCCACUAUUCCCUUAGAUCCAAUUUCCAGAAAACCGUCAGGCGAACCCGACGUGAAUAAUCCCGUUCGACAGUUUUGGUUCAAGCUUCUGCGGCUGUACUUUCUUCCUGCGCUCCCUCUCAUUCGAGGCAAUGCAGUCUGUACCGUUGACAUUUGGAACGUCAUUCGACAGUACGAGACGACUGCAAGAUGGAGACUAUAUGGAGAAUGGAAAUCCGGCUACAUAUCUCAUCCUGAACUUCGCAUCCGACAAGUGCAAGCUGACCGUGAAAGCAAAGGCAUUUUGCGACGUCUUUCACAUAACACAAUCGAGACGCUGUCUGGAACAGUGGCGAAACUGGCUCAUUCGAAUCCUUGUAUCUUCUUCAUGAACGCCGUCAACCAGAUCAUGGCAUACGACAAUCUUGCCAAUGUCGUUAUACAAGCAUUGCGAUAUGUCACCAAUAUGGGAUUCGAUGUGCUCGUGUAUAUCAUCCUUGAGGCUCUAUCAAAUCCCAAUAAGAACCGUGUCAAGGAUGAUGGAGUCAACACUUCCGACUGGCUUCAAAGUCUGGCGUCUUUCACUGGCAUGCUUUUCCGGCGAUACAGUGCUGACCUGUCGCCUUUGUUGAAAUACGUGGUUCACCAGUUGUAUAAUGGCCAGACGACAGAGAUUGUCGUACUGCGGGAGCUGAUUUGGAAGAUGGCAGGCAUCGAACCUCUUCCAAGCCUUUCGGAUUCGCAAAUCGCUGCGAUGGCCGGAGGACCUGCUCUGAGAAUUGAAGCCGUUGCCUCAACGACUCGUGGCGCUCGCCUUGAUCCAGGUGACGCUGUCCUCAAAGGCCCACAACGGCUCGGAAAGACCAUGUUAGAGACGAAUCUAGCACUACCUCUCCUUAUCCAAGUGGCACAGCAGAGACAGUCCUGUGUUUUCAAAGCUCCUGAUGCUCACUUGAAAUCCCUUGCCAGUUUGUUUGAUACUACUCAUGGUGUCCUGUUGCAAUAUUUGGAUCUGCUUACCUCGCCAGCCGUAAUCUUGCCCAAAGACUAUGCAACGCGAAUCCUGCCUAGCCUUGCAGAUCUUGGAGAGUUGUAUGGGAUAGCGCCUCCUAUCUGCAUGCAAAUCAUACGACCUAUGCUGAAUGCUACGAUACUGAGUGCUGCCCAAGAAAAGGAACGACUUGCUAAUGAGGAGGCGGAAAAGAGACUGAAAGCACGUCUUUCUGCGGCAAAGCGCGAGCCCACCACCCCUAGGGUGGAUUCACCUACUGGAAUCAAUGGAGCCAGCACUCCACGAGACACUGGUGAUCAGAAGUUGGCAGCUGACAGUGUGGCAGAAGAUGCAGUGAUGGAUGUCGAAGUGACUACAGCAACUUCAGCUCCGUCUGAGAGCCCGUGGAUACCGGAUCUAGAAGCUCUUUUCGACGAUGUUAAGCAGAUUGCCAAGAACAGUGCUCUUGAUGUGAUUGGGCCCGGUUUCUACUUAACUUUCUGGCAACUUUCCAUGUAUGAUCUCGCGCCUCCGGCAGCCCGGUAUGACGAGGAGUGCGCUGCUUUACGGACACUGAGCCGUCAAGAGGACUCCAAGUACAUAGCAGCUGACCGUUCUGCUGACAGAACGAAAAGGCUGUCAGCGGGCUCCCAUCGGGCUAAACGAGACAGAUAUAAUGCUUUUGUGAACACGCUUGCUCAAGAGUUCAAAGAACAAACUGCUUCGAGAGUGUUCACGAUGAAACGACUUGCCCGAGAGAAGCACCAUUGGUUCGCCCACACCGAACAUCGCUCAUCGGUAUUGGCUUCUGCAAUCAUCGAGCAUUGCAUUCAACCGCGAUGCCUCCUAUCGCCUAUGGAUUCAGACUUUUGUGCACAAUUCAUCAAAGUCAUGCACACACAAGGGACUCCAGGGUUCCCUACUCUCGUGGUAUAUGACAAGUUGCUCGGGGACCAUGUGAAGGCGGUUGUCUUUUCCUGCAGCGAAUACGAAGCCAAGAACUAUGGGCGCUUUUUACUGGGGAUAUUGACGGAUCUCUGGAAGUGGGCUCAAGAUGAGCAGCUCUUUUUGUUCGAGAAUCGCACGAAAGUUGGCGGAAAGACUAUUCUGCUUCCGGGUUUCCAGCAUAGAUGGUCAAGUAAAGACCAUGCGAGUAUUGUUCCAGAUGACCUUCUGUCAUGGACCGGGUUCAAGCAGAUUCUCCGUAAAUGGCAUCGAAAACUGGGACGGAGUCUUUUGAGCUGUAUUGAGACAACGGAAUUCAUGCACGUCUACAACGCUAUCAUCGUGUUGAAAGAGAUCCUUCCCGUUUUCCCUCUUGCUGCAGUGGGCGACGCCGGACCUGCCAUCGACAACGUAAUGGAGAAGUUCCUGGAAAAGGAAGAACGUGGUGAUCUCAAGAUUCUAGGCCGAGCUUAUUCCGCGAGUCUGAAAAAACGAGAGCCGUUCUGGGCAGUGCCAAAGCCAAUUACAAGCAAGUCUAAUGGAGAUCCUAUGUCGCCGAAGCCAACAAAUUCACUAGGUAUUCUUCCUGAGAGGCAAGCUCGUACACCGGCUCCUCCUAACGGUGCUGCAACGCCGGCGGCAGAUCGGGUUAGCACUCCAGUUCCCCUCCUUCGUACCAAUGGAACGGCCCCACAAGUUGAUCGACCCUCCACACCAGCAACGUCCACCAGGUUAGCCAUUGACAGCAUUCCACGGCCAGAGAAAGUGAGACGAGUACGACCUGAGAAGGGUAGCGAAUCACCGGCUCCCGAUGGUGAUGCCAAGGGUGUUGCAAAGUUUGACGUGAUGGAUGUCGACGCACCUCCGAAGGAACUGAAAGCAACGCAAGCUCCAACCCUCGAACACAUCCUUCGCCCUACCCCUCGUCUCCACCCAAGUUCCUCCCAAAAUGCCCUUCCGUCUACUCCGACCACUAAUCCUAAAGAUGCACCCAAAGUUCAGCGGCCAUCGCCGUCGAGUUCUACCCCAAAUGCGUGGGAAACCCCACACUCACCACGCCCUAGAACUGACGAGAAGCAGACACAACCGUCCCCAAGCGAGGCUAUGCCACCACCGUCUGCUCCAAGCCAGACGAUCUCGGCGCAAGAACUGCGCGAGACUGCCAAACAGAGUAUUGGCAAUCGCCCACCAGAUCGGGCCGAUGAUAAGCGAUCUCAGCCCGGCUCUGGUGCCCCAUCCCCAAUUUCUCGCCGCCGCACUCCUUCUCCUCCACCUCGUCCUGGUACAAGAACUCACAGCAUGGAGAGCCGCGCCAGUGGCCGACGUUCUGACCGUGGAAGUGGCGAUGGUGAUCGUCCUGAUGACAGGCCAUCUGACCGUGAGGCUCGGGUGGAGCCUCGUGCACCUACAGGGCGUAAAGACGCUGCCACACACCCCCGAAGUGAUAGAGGCACCCGAGAGCGAACAUCUACGCGAGACAGUGAUCGAGACAGAGAGAGUGAAAGAGACAGAGACUCUCGGCGGGACAGACAUAGUGAAAGGGAGCGUGACAGAGACAGAGAGAAGGAGCGGGAUCGAGACAGGGAAAGAGACAGGGAGAGGGAUAAAGACAAAGAUCGCGAUCGUCGUGACCGAGACAGAGAACGUGAUAGGGAUCGCGACCGUGAUCGCGACCGUCACCGCCGAGAUGAGAAGGAUCGUGACAGGGAUUCAAGGAAAGAUCGCGAGGUUUCCGGUCGUGGUCCUCCUUCUACCGCAGCUUCUGCUACCCUGGACACUCGUAACUUACCCACUCGUCCCGAUCCCACAAGGCAUAGUAGCAGGGCACAAGUUGGCGAUGAUGCACUCGGCAAGAGAAGACGUCCCAUUGAUGACGAGGCUGACCGUAAUACCAAGAGGAGCUCCCGUAAAGAGGGACAUCGUGAAGAUCGCACUCGCAGGUCAGAGAAGGAGAGUCACGAUCGACCUCGGGAAUCCGAUCGGCGUCGAGAACGAGAAGCACCUGAGGCUGAACCACGCCACCCUCUAUCUGAACGACCUAGCGAGAAGCGAUUGCCAGAGGGUCCUAGAAAUUUACCUCCUAGUACACCUUCUGCACCACGGGCGAUGGCAUCUGGGGAUGCGUCCAGAACCAAACCUGAUAUUACUCCUAGCCGAAGUGGUGGGGACUGGAAGGGCCCGCGUGACCAUGGCUCACACACGUUCCCGGCCUCCACCAGUGGCGGGCUGAGCCAGGACGUGGCUCCAAGUUUACGUUCGCGCAUUGGCGACAAAGAACCUCCCCGCACGGCUCCUCAAGCACCGUAUCGCUCUGAAGCUCCGCAUAAGGACGAUGACCGCGAUAACAGAAAACGAACUCUAGCAGAUGUCGGCGAGGCCACCAUCUCUGCUGCAGGAGAACUCUCGUUACAGCCUCAGAAGCGGCCACGGAUCAAUCGUAAUCGGUACAAUCCCCAUGCCCUCCAGACUCAUGGUUUAGCCAAAAGGACCUUGCCUAUAGAUCCACAGGCUGGGGAUAAGUCUCGAUCCACACGUUAGUUUGAUUCCAGUUUUCCCUGCUAUUUGAGUUCUGCAGUAUAUAUCGUUACAUUAGUACAUUGUGCACAAAUGAAUCUGACUGAUGAGGCUCCACUC